GUAAAAAUGAAUUGACUUUAUGAAAAUACAUUUAUGGUAUCUAUGUGGUAAUUUAAAAUUCACUAAUUUAUUAUAGCUGACAUAAAGGUGAACGUGAAAAUUCCAAAAGAGGCAAAAAUCGGUGAUUAUAUAGAUAUGCAGUGUAAUUGGGAAAUCCAUGGUAAUAAGAGCUUAUAUUCUGUGAAAUGGUACAAGGAUGGUCAUGAAUUCUUUCGUUACGUUCCGAACAAUCCUCAAUCAAUUCAGACCUUCCCGCAGUUAGGUGUUAAGCUUCAAAAUCUUCUAAGCCGAGCGAAUUCAAUACGUUUAAUGGAUUUAACUCUUGCUAGUGCUGGACUAUAUAAAUGUGAAGUAUCUACCGAUGGACCCGCUUUUGCAACAUCCUUUAUGACGGGUAAUCUCUAUGUUGUAUGUGAGUAA